UCAGCCUGCAGGCAGGAAGACAUGGCAGCCGGGGAGACUCAGCUCUACGCCAAGAUCUCCAACAAGCUCAAGGGCCGCAGCACCCCCGCCCUCCUGGACUCCCUCCUGGGGAUGGGCUUCCCGGCACACACCGCGCUAAAGGCAUUGGCAGCAACAGGAAGGAAGACAGUGGAAGAGGCAUCGGACUGGCUACACUGUCAUUGCAAUGACCCUUCUCUGGAUGACCCCAUCCCCCAGGAGUAUGCCCUUUUCCUCUGUCCCAUGGGGUCCCUGCUGGAAAAACUUCAAGAGUUCUGGAGAGAGAGCAAGCGUCAGUGCGCAAAGAACAGAGCCCACGAGGUCUUCCCUCACAUAACGCUCUGUGACUUCUUCACGUGUGAAGACCAGAAGGUGGAAUGUCUGUACGAGGCUCUAAAGAGAGCCGGGGACAGGAUGCUGGGUUCCUUCCCCUCGGUUGUCCCUCUGGUUCUCCAUUCUUCCGUCAGCUACCUGGGCUUCUUCCUGGACAACGGCCCUGCAGACGUCAUCCGGGAAUUCGCCGCGACCUUCGCCACAGAAGCGUCUGUCUUAGCAGGUAGGCAGCCUGCCGGAUGCACAUGCAGGGCCCGCUUAAUGGAAAGGGAUCGCUUUGUGUCUGGGGCUGUGGUUGCCACACUUGGAUGCGAUGGGUGGGUCCCAGGGGAGCACAGUGUAGACUGUUCCCUGAUGCAGCACCAGACCCUGAGGGCCCUCUUCCAGUACAAACCCCAGAAUGUGGACGAGCUGACGCUAAGGCCCGACGACUACAUCUUUGUGGACCCCACUCAGCAGGAGGAAGCCAGCGAGGGCUGGGUGAUCGGCAUCUCCCAUCAGACGGGCUGCCGGGGCUUCCUGCCGGAGAACUACACGGAGCGAGCCAGUGAGAGUGACACCUGGGUGAAGCACAGGACGUACACCUUCAGUCUAGCCAUGGACCUGAACUCCAAAAAGGAUGGUGAAGCCAGCAGCAGACGAAACGGGGAACUUCAUCCUCCACAGACAGCAAGGAGCCUGAGCAGCAUGCAGGCUUUGCAGGCCACGAUAGUGAGGAAAAGCGUUUUGGUGGUGCGCCACGGGGAAAGAGUGGAUCAAAUAUUCGGGAAGUCGUGGCUGCAGCAGUGUUCCACUCCUGAUGGGAAAUACUACCGGCCAGACCUGAACUUCCCUUGCAGUCUGCCCAGACGGAGCAAUGGUAUCAAAGACUUUGAAAACGAUCCACCGUUAUCGUCUUGUGGAAUUUUCCAGUCCCGAAUGACAGGGGAAGCACUACUGGACAGUGGCAUCAGAAUCACCUCCGUCUUCACCUCCCCAGCCCUCCGCUGUGUGCAGACAGCCAAACACAUCCUGGAAGAGCUCAAACUGGAGAAAAAAAUUAAAAUAAGAGUGGAACCCGGAAUCUUUGAAUGGACAAAAUGGGAGGCCGGCAAAACCCCCCCGACCCUCAUGAGCCUGGAGGAGCUGAAAGAGGCGAAUUUCAACGUCAGCAUGGAUUAUAGGCCUGCGUUCCCCCUCGCCUCCCUCAUGCCCGCUGAGAGCUACAACGAGUACGUUGACAGGUGUGCGGUGAGCGUGGAGCGGAUCGUCAGCGCCUGCCCAGAGGAUGUGGGCGUCAUCCUGAUCGUGGGCCAUGGCUCGGCGCUGGACUCCUGCACACGCCCGCUCCUCGGGCUGCCGCCCCGGGACUGCGGAGACUUCGCCCAGCUGGUGAGAAAGAUCCCUUCUCUGGGUAUGUGCUUCUGCGAAGAAAAUAAAGAGGAAGGAAAAUGGGAGUUGGUGAACCCUCCCGUGAAGACUCUGACCCACGGCUCGAACUCAGCAUUUAACUGGAGGAACUGGAUCCUGGGCAACUGAGAGCCCCCUGUACGUUUUCGUAACUUCAUAAUGAAGAAGCAAAACUCUCCGCAGAGGCGUAAGAUACUGUUAUUUUGAAGGUAUCUUCGCUUCGCCUAAUAUCAUUUGUAGAAGCACAAAAUGCACUUUUAGAUUCCAGAAUGUUUGCCAUCGAUUUCCUCUUUGUAACUGUGGAUUCUUGUCCUGCGAGCUCGGCUGCGAGGAUGCCACCUUGAAACGUGUGUCUCUGCAGUGUGGCUUGCAGGGGACUGAGGAACUGUGACUCUAACUUCUGGGAAUUAAAGACCCACCACACGUGCACCAAAAGGAUAUCUCCACUUUAUUUUAUACGUUCUUAUUUGUCAAGUCUCCAACCG